GGGAAGUUUAAGGGAGGGAGUAUAGUUUUUUAGAUUAUGUAUUUAUAAUCACUGUAACAUGACCUAAUGCUCCGCCUCGAAAGCCAUUCGCUAGAGUCGCUCUGUAAGAUUUAUCAGUCUCAGACUUCGGCUCUCCGCCGUAGUUAGCCUCCAGCUGUCCAUACCAUCCUCUCCGAGCUGCACGACUUCACGUCUGCCACAAAAGCAAGACGUUCAAGAACGGAGCAGUGAGCACGGAGGGAUUUUUUGGCGCAGGAGGACGUUGUACGGAUAACAUAUUGGGGAGAGUGCACACAGAAGUUAAGAAGACUUGAAGGGAUUCGGAAACUAAACACCGCAGAUUUUCUUCCUGCAAUGGAUGAGAAGAUUGCUUCCGCAACGAAAAAUGUACUUGUCGAUGUUGUGAAGCUUUCUCAAAAACGUAGAAUGAAAGGUAGCAAAGGAGACUGGAAAGAGUUUUUGGAAUUUUAUGACAAUAAAAAUGGAUCUAACAUAAGUGACCCUGCUAAGAGGUCUGCUGAUGACUUGGCUGCGUUUUUGAAAACAUUCAGUGAAGAUGAGGAUAUGAAGAUAUUUGCCAAGGUUUUCGAAUGUCAUUCCAACCGUGAUGCGGUGGUUGAAUUCCAAAAAAAAUCAUCGAACAGUGAAUCCCCUGAACAGAGGCUAGUUCGCUUAACUCUUGAAAACCCUCAAUAUACAUUUGAUUAUGCCCUACCAUCACACAAAGAGGGCUGGCUGGUAAUCAAGCGCAGUAAAAAAACCAAGGCUUUGCAUUCAACUAAAAUGCUUGCAAUUGACUGUGAGAUGGCUCUCUGUAAUGAUGGAACUGAAGCUUUAAUCCGUGUUUGUGCGGUCAAUCAAAAUCUAAAGGUUAAACUUAAUGAAUUGGUAAAGCCAAGUAAAGUAAUUGCAGAUUACAGAACAGAUAUUACUGGAAUCACUGCUUCUGAUUUAGAUGGAGUUACAUGUUCCUUGACUGAUGUACAGAAAUCAUUGAAAAAAUUGUUAUCUCAUGGAAAGAUAUUAGUCGGCCACAGCUUGUGCAAUGAUCUUCGAGCUUUACAGAUAGAUCAUGCAAGAGUUAUUGAUACGUCUUAUAUCUUCAAAUGUGGGGACGUUCCUUCUAACAGAAGACCUUCUCUAAGUAAUUUGUGCAAAUUUGUGUUAGGUUAUGAACUCCGGAAGAAGGGAUCUCCACAUAAUUGUUUGGAUGACGCAAUUACUGCAAUGAAACUUGUUAAGGAAAAAAUUGAGCAUGAUGUCAUUGAUUCUAUACCUACUGUCUCAGAGGAGGCUCAAGAAGAUGCUAAUAUGAAGAAGCUGCUUGUCCACAGGAUACCAGUUGGUGUUCCUUGUACUGAUUUACAUCAAAUAAUUUCCGGAGAAUUCACUGUUGAAAUGAGGACUCAUAAGACGACCCAAGACAAGUAUUCUGCACUGGCAAUUUUCAAAAAUCAGAAAGAGGCAAAUGAGGCAUUUGAAAAGCUUGAAGGUUCCGUUGAGAAGGAUCCUUAUGGACGGUCCCAGAAAAUUGUUUCAUUUCAACACAACACCGGACUCUUUGGACGUGUAUGUGUUUGCAAGUUGGCCCGUGAAAUUGCUGGUAAAGAUGAUGAAAACACGACAAUCAAACGUCCAUUACAAGAUGAGGAGCCGUCAGGGAAAUGCAAGAAAUUAAAGAAGGAUCACCAUACAAGCUCAGAGGAUGAUCUUGAGAAGAAGGAUCGUGACCAGUGUGAAACCCUCUUGAUGGAGAUUGAAAGGUUGAAGGGAGAGCUUAGGCAGAGAGAUAAAGAAAUCACCAGCUUGAAUAAAAUCGUCAUUGCACUCACUCGGAAACAUGGUCUUUAGCACUCAUCAGUGUGUUUAUGGCUCUUCUAAUUCGAAGAAGUGCCAGUUUCCUUGGUGUGACUUCCAGUAUUUAAUACUUCCUUAGCCUCAAAUGGGACCUAUUUAUUAUACCAAUUUUGAAUUUCUGAGUUGAAUUUUGGUCUUCAUUCUAUGCACGGAUUAUGUCCGAUAUAAUGUUGUUUUGGAGGGUGAUGUCAGAAGUAGAUAUGCGAAGUUUUGAACUAAACGUCGUUAGAUAGUUGGAUGUAUGGAUUUGCUCUCCUGUAAUUUAAACCUUGUGGCACAAGAGGCUGUAUUUUUAUGUGAGAAGGGUUCAUUUGACUUGAUUGGAUUAUGCCAUCUUCUAAAAAG